ACAAAAAUUGACACUGACGUGAUUUUGACCUUUGGAUAUUGAUAAAUGGCUACACACACACCAAAAAAACUGAAUCUUAUUCAUCUGGUUUAGUUGGAGGAAAGUAACUAUUAAUAUAAGACAAAAGUUCUCAAACACUUUCAGGUUUUGAAGGUAUAGCUCUUAGGGAGGUUGGAGACCCCUAGUGCAUGAUCUGUAUACAGAUAUGGAGAGAAGAGGGUGAACAACACCAAUUUUCAAUGAUUAAAUAAUAAUAAUAAUAACCUGUAGUUAUAGUUAAACUGUAUUGAUUUCCUCUGAAGUCUACACUGGACUGAGUGUUAAACCUGUAUUCGCGGCUCUGCGCUUCUGUUUGCAGUGGUGUUUUCGUUCUUCGGUGUCUGAGUGUCAUGGUUUUUCGCCAGUCCUCCAAAUUUUGCAACAUUUUCAUAUUUGGCUCUCGGGACACUGGAGAAUACUGUACCUCGGGCCUUCCCCUCUCUGAGCCUUUUUGAAAUGGACACCUCCUACUUUUUGUACCUCGCAGACGGCCUGUUCGCCGGAGACAGUGAACCCAUUGCUGAGUGAUAUAAUAUACUUAGAUUUGAUUGCCAGAGUUCACACAGGCAGCCCACAGACAACAUUCAAUCCAUAUUGUACAGUCCGGUCUAAACCCAAAGGAAUACUGGAUUCUGGCUGGUGUAUAUAUUCUCUUAUCAUACAUCGUCUGGGACUCACUGAGUGCUGGACACUACAACACAAAGCAUUUCAUCAUUGAGAACCAGCACUUCUAGUUUGCAAAAUGGAGGCAUUACACGACUGAUCCUCAUUGCCCCAUGCGGAAAUUGUUUUUGGUUUUUUUCUGACUGGAGAAUGCGUAGACACAACGAGCUGCAAGCGCGGACUGUGCUAAAGGGAGCUUUUAGUGAUGACCUCGUGAAGGUACAUGUUGUUCGCUGCAAUGUGCAACCCACCCGUUUACUGCUGCCGUGCGAGGAGAACUCGAGCUUUGUUCAGCAUAAUAACGGGAAACUCUGGGUGAAAAAGAAACCUGGCUCUGUCCAAAAGGCAAAUAAUAUUUAUCUAAAAUUAGCUGGGAGGCAGAUCAUUUAUGAAUCUUUGUACAGAACCACACUCUUCUCAUCUAACUUUCCAAAAGAAAGAAAGCUUUGAACGAAAAUUCGUUCUGAUGUGCAGUGGUCUUCUGGUGUAUGUGGAAUGACAAUGAAGUCUGUCUAUCUAUCCAUCCAUCCAUCCAUCCAUCCAUCCAUCCAUCUAUCUAUCUAUUCUAUCUAUCUAUCUAUCUAUCUAUCCAUCUAGCCAUCUAUCUAUCUAACUCGUAGUACCCUGAACAGCACAGGCUCAUGAGUCAAUUGGUUUCCAGCAAUCUCUCCUGCGUGUUAGUCAAGGUGUUCACUAUCACCAGCUGCAGCAAGUGACUGUAGCUGAAGAAUGAGUCUAUGUUUGCCUUUGUCCAAUAUCCCUCCCUCCCCUUCAGCCCGUGCCAAGAAGGCAGCAGUAAUAAGUGCUACAUUCAGGAGCCAUUGCUCAGUUCUGCGAGUCCACGCCAUCGGUAUUUCAGCACUCAGCGGAGCGUUCUUUUCUUUGUGGGGGUCCAGCCCGGUAUCUAAGACAACACCAUGAACUGGUCCUUCCUCGAGGGCCUCGUGAGCGGAGUGAACAAGUACUCGACUGCGUUCGGUCGCAUCUGGCUUGCAAUCGUCUUCAUUUUCAGGCUUCUGGUCUUCCUGGUGGCUUGCGAGAAGGUGUGGGGCGAUGAGCAGAAGGACUUUGACUGCAACACCCGGCAGCCCGGUUGCCAAAAUGUCUGUUACGACCACUACUUCCCAAUCGGCUACACGCGCCUCUGGGCUCUCCAGCUGAUCUUUGUGACCUGCCCGUCCCUUCUCGUGACCCUCCACGUGGCCUACAGAGAAGAUCGCGAGCGCAAACACCGGCUGAAGCACGGGGACGACUGCGUCCCUCUGUACAAUAACACGGGCAAGAAACGAGGGGGUCUCUGGUGGACCUACUUCCUCAGCCUGCUGUUCAAGAUAAUAGUGGAUUCUGUCUUUGUCUUCCUGCUGUUCUACAUCUACGAGGCCACCUUCUUCCCUCCAGUGGUCAAAUGCAAUGACGAACCGUGUCCGAAUGUGGUGGACUGCUACAUCGCCAGGCCCACAGAGAAGAAGAUCUUCACCGUCUUCAUGGUGGUGACCAGCUUUGUGUGCAUCUUACUCACUCUCUGCGAGGUCUUCUAUCUGUGCGGGAAGAGGUUCUGGGAGUGUUCCGGAGGAGGACCGCGCUCCGGCAGAGAAAACUCCUUCGUGAUGACCAGAACCCCUCUGACUGGGAGGGAGAACUCGGCGUACAAAGACCCUUCCCUGGAGAAGGCGAAGAUGGUCGACAAGGGCAACGGAGAAGUGGGCAAAGAGAGCCCGGCCCCGGCGUACAGCAUAGCUGUCGCCUGAGAGACAUCGGCAUCACGAGUUUGACCCAAGAAAACAGAGUAGAAACCCAAAGUAAAACCUUAUGUACUGUAACUGUUCUACUGUCAAUUAAGAUUAAAGGCAAAAAAACAUUGUUGUUUACAGAGGUCAUAUCAUUUUUCAAAGAUAUGUAAUGUUGUUGUGAUAUAAUAUGUAAUGAGCUGAACAUUUAUGUGGUAGUUUUUGUAAUCUUGUGAUCUGAAAUGACUCCUAUAUACAGCAGAGGGGAUCUAUUUUGUUCUGUUUAUAUGAUUAUAUCUUAUCUUAUUAUCUGUUUCUACUACCGCCACAUAUAAAAUUGCUGGACUUGCAGUGUGUACGUUAACAUGAACAGGAAGUGAGGAAAUAUGUGAGUUGUGAGCAUACGCAAUGUCACGAACUCACCCCAGACAUAAAGACAGAUGCCCAUUCUAUUUUCAAAAAUAAACAAGCAUUCUGUAA